AUGGGGCCCCAACCUGCUGAUUUCAUCAGAAAUUUCACUGUGGGGACGCUCAAGCGUGUCCUCAGGAAUGCGAAUAAUAUGAAGGCCAUUGAGGAUGAACUCUGCUCUUCCCGCGACAGACCCUGGUGGGUUUCGAAUUAUUGGAGGGACCCCUUGGAAACUUUUGCAGAUAUGGAAGACGAGAUGUCCCUUGGAAGUUUGUGA